AUGGAGGCCAUGUCCAAGAUAGUUUCCACGGCGCCGGCGCCGCUGAUCCUGACGUCCGGGGCGAGUAGCCGCCUUAACGCGCUGCUGUCGCUCCGAGCUCUGCGAACUCUCUUCCUGCUCCUCAACAUGUUCUUCAUCCUGCUCCUCACACCGUUUCAGCGCGGCGCGGCGCGGUUCGCGUCCGGCGCCUCUCCGCCGCUGUCCAAAUGUUCCGUGGAAAGGGCGAGGGGAGAUGAUGGCUGUCGGCAAAGGAAGAGGAAAUGGGGAUCACCUGUUGUGGUGAGGGUGCCUGCGGCGAUGGUUCCAAGGAGGGGGGGCCCACGUGACGCAGAGGUGGCGUUGAGGCGAGCAAUGGCGAUCAGGCGUAUGGCCGUCGAAGAAGAAGGCCAUGGGAACGGGAGGUCGAAAAAGGAAUUCUCCCUGUUCGUCACCGCUCGCGGAGACACCCUGUUCACAAGGUCCUGGAGUCCGAUCACCGCGCUACCCAAGUAAGCACUCUUUUGCAUAGAUGUUAACCUUCCCGUAUUACGAUUAAUAUUACAACCAAGAAAACACUAGCUCCCAUUUUCUCUCCAAUAUCGCUUUAUUUGGAAAGGGCCAUAAAGUCAAUGCUGUCGGCAAAUGGUGGGCUUGCUAGCCGAGUCAUCUUCUUACAUCACUAUAAGACAAGGAGCGUUGCGGCUGAUUACCAAACUUGUGUCUUUGUUCUAUAUUUCGCUAUCUGGGACCCAUAAACUCAGGGAAUUCAACUUCACCUAGUGAAACAUGCUAGCUUAUAUUGUAAUAUUUAUGUCAUGGCCCCAAGCCCUCAUGCUACAGACUGGUAGGGCAGCAUUUAUAUUUGCAUUUAUGUGCAAAAAUGUUAUAUAUUUAUCAUUCCUCUUUAUGAAUAUUUUUGUUAAGUGACUAAUGAUUUGGGUCUUGUGGUGGACCCCUGAACUGACGUAUGUACAAUAACUUUAUCCUUUUGGAAAAAUCUUUGGUCGUAUCGUUUGUGGAUUGAUAGUUGAUCACGCUUGUAAAUUUCACUUUUUUCCUGCGCAGAGGUCUUGUGGUGAUCUUGCAUGGUUUGAACGAACACAGGUACAGUCAUAUCCUUUCGUAACUUGCCCUUGAUGCAAAAAAAGCUACUGCAUGAAUCUGAACCCAUGUUUACCUUCCAGUGGUCGAUAUGACUCCUUUGCGAAAAGGCUAAAUGACAAUGGAUUUAAAGUGUACGCCAUGGAUUGGACGGGUAAGUUCCUUGUGAAUCUUGUUCUCUUCUUUAUGCCAUAAGCUUCCCCUAAGACCACUUCGGUUGUAUUCUUCGAUCCUUUCGAUUAGCUAUCUUCUGCCUUUUCCGUCGGUUCUCAAAACCCUGAGAAGAGAAUCCAUGGCUGCAUAUUUCCUCUACUAUGAGAGAUUGAAUGCAUUUUGUCAUCCGCAGAGGAUGAUGGCUUUGUUUAUCAAAAUAAAACGUCAAAAAAUUGUAAACAUCUUAAUUUUACUGUUGGACGGAUCCCAAGACCUUUAACUUGUGUUUUCUACCAAUUAUCUCAAUUGAUGAUUUAUUUUGCCUUGGCUGAUGCUUGGAGUAGCUGUUAGGGUGGAAACCAGCCAGAGAUAAACAGAUGAGUUUAUCUUCAAUUUAUGCGUGUCUGCAUGCCUCAGUAUUGUUAUCCUCUUUUCCUCUUCUUCAGUCUGGGCAGCUUUGGGUUGAGAAUAGUUGAAACAUUCCUCUCUACCCGCUUCGUAUGGUUCUUUGUCUAACCUUGUGACCCCAUCCUAGUUUGGAUGUCGUCGAGAAUAUGUUACUGCGUAUCAUCUAGCACCUUCCAUACUAGCAGAAGAGGGUAGGAAGAUGGUGGCGAUAUUACCGCUGUGAACUCACCCUGGAGUAUUAAUAAUGGCGGAUAAAUCGAUAAAUGUCUGAUGCUCCUCCUUUGAGCCGCUAUCUUAAGCAUUCUUCUCUUGUUCGUCAGCGGUGUCGUGAGACUCAUACUGUGAACCGACUCACAGGAGCUCUCGAUUCAGUUUUUCAGAUCUUGGAAGAACACAACCCCUCGGGAGUUUGACCCUAUUUUUAACUUUGGCAGGUCAGGUAGUCAUCUCGAGUUAAUUCAGUUGAAUUCCUGUGCGGUGUGCAGUCUGAGCUGAAAAUAAAAACAGCAUUUAUGGCAACAAUUAAUAUUUUACAGCUUCCAGUCUUGUCUCUAUCAUGCAUAAAGCCGAUAAAAAUGAUCUCCUUUUAUAGUAGUCUUUGACUUUUUAACGAUUUAUUCUCACUACGUAGGGAAUGAAGUAUCUACCCAUCAUGAUGGAUUAUAUAUAUCUCAUUAUUUCGUGCGCUCCUUCCUGGGUUUGUAGGACACGGUGGCAGCGAUGGAUUGCAUGGUUACGUCCAUUCCCUUGAUUACGCCGUCGGUGAUGCGGUACGUCCAUCGCUACCGAGUCAUGGCGUUGACUGAUGCGCUUACGACUUCUGAACUGCCCAUUUUAUGCUUAUUGUGAUGCCCCAUGUUCUACAGAAGUCAUUUCUGGAGAAGGUACUGGAGGAGAACCCUGGUCUACCGUGUUUCUGUUUCGGCCACUCGACUGGUGGCGCGAUCGUCCUCAAGGUAGGGGAGGGCGACAUACCGCUCCGCCGGUCAGCUUCAAAACAGCAGCAUUUCACGUCAACUCACGGGUUCUUAUAAUGUUUUGGGCUGUCGGAACCAGGCGGCGCUGGACCCAAAGGUGGAGGCGCGCGUCCGAGGCGUGAUUCUAACGUCGCCGGCGAUACGCGUACAGUCCUCCCAUCCGAUCCUCAAGGUGAGCAGAUCCAGUCGUGCCUGGGAAAGAAGAAGAAGAGGAAGAGGAAGAGGAAGAGGAAGAGGAGUAGGGGGGGUGCAUAUUGGUGGUUCUCUUUCUUACUCGUCGUUGAACUGCAGGUAGUGGCGCCGAUUUUCUCGCUGCUGAUACCGCGGUAUCAGUUCAGCGCCGCGGACAAGAGGGGGACGCCGGUCUCGCGAGACCCGGCGGCGGUGGCGGCCAAGUACUCGGACCCGCUGGUGUUCACGGGGGCCCUCAGGGUGAGAACGGGAUACGAGAUCCUGCGGAUCACCGCCUUCCUGCAGCAGAACCUGUCGAGAGUGAACGUGCCGUUCAUGGUGCUCCACGGCACGGCGGACACCGUGACAGAUCCGGCGGCUUCCCACCGGCUGCACCAGGAGGCACGUUCCGCGGACAAGUCCAUCAAGCUCUACGAGGGGCUGCUGCACGAUCUGUUGUUCGAGCCCGAAGGGGAGGACAUUGCAGAGGACAUCGUCGGGUGGAUAUCCGCCAGAGUCGCCAUCGCCGCUCAGGAGGGUUCGUCUUCCUCAUGA